CGGCCGCUGUGGCUGCGGGCCCCGGAGCUGCACACUGUCUCCCUCUCGUCUUCGCUAGCCGGUGUGGAGAGCUUCAGACAGGAGAGUCCAGGCUGUGGGAGCGGAGCCCCAGCGUCUUGGCCUGUAGCCGGUCUGGUCGCCUCCUCUCCCAGGGAUCCCUCCAGAGCCCUCUGUGCGCUUCCCGGAGCAGCGGACGAUGAACACAUCUCUGUGUUCCCAGAUUCAUUGUUUAUGCAGCACACCCAGUGCUCCAUGCAGUCCGUGCCUCCUUAAUAAGGGCUCAUGCUUUACAAUAGAAAAGUAGAAGUAAGUAAAAUGCAGCUUCAGGGUGAUACGCGGAAGCACGGGGACAGUGGCAUGCGGAUGUGGAUGGGUUAUAUGACCUGAGAGUCGUCCCAGGUGAGUGCAGGUUGGUCUCUGGUGUUUCCGAUGCCACAGCAGAAUGACACACAGUGUUGCUACCUGUUCAGAAAGGACCCUCAGAAGAGGCGUGUCCCAUUCUCACAGGACCUGGACUUUGCAGGCACAGAAGUCCGAAGCGGUGCCUUUGCUGGUCACACGGCUGAGGGGCGGACAGUGUUUUGCCACCAGUCCGGAAGUCAGCACUUGCAGCGCGGUGCGGCGGUCGUGGUCACCUGGUGCCGGAACGCAGUUUGCCUGAGAAAGCUUUGUUAAGGGAGAGUCCCAGGCAGCUUCUGGAGGGCCCUGCUGGGUCCGCGGCCCCACUGCGGCCACGGCCCGAGCCCUGCUAGAGUCAGACCCUGGGGUGUCUGCGGGACUGGCCGGCUGCAGGUCUUACUCUCCACGUGUUUCUGUCAGCCGGUCUGUGUAGGCUGUGUGUCCGACUGUGGAGAGUGGUAUUUUCUGAGAGAGAGUUCCACGGCUGUUUGCGCCUUACCCUACUCCCUGUCGUCUUCAUUCAUGUCUUCUAAGUGUAGAAAUAACCCUACAACCUACAGAGCGACCCAGAUUAUGUUUGAUUCAGUAAUGGUGCUGGGGGCUGUGCCUCACUCGACUCUUCUGCCGUGGGAAAACUGCUGUGCAGGGUCUUCUCCUGGACGUUCUCGUCUGUUAGCUUCUGGGGCGGCCUCCCUGGUGGUUUUUCUGCUUGUUCCUCUCCUGAACGCAGCUCAUCCCGGUGUUCAGAUCUGGGCCCCAUUUUCACACUCUGUGGUUUUCCUGGACUUGUCUGGCCCUCUGUGGUUGGACAGUCUGGACAGCGCCUCUCUCCAGCUCGGACCUCUUCCCUAGCCUUUCGACCACUAGUCCAAGCCCCUGGGGAAUGGUUUCGUGCAGCCGUCCAGAAGGCGCCCCAAGCGGAGUGAGUCCUGUGGGAAAAGCGCAUCUUCCUUUCUUCUCUCACGUGUCCUUCUUCCAGUUAGCCAGUGACCGUCACGACCAAAAUGGAGUUUCUGUUCUCCCUCUCUCUCCCCACGAACCUUGACUGGCAUCGAGGUCUGGACAAAUGGAUAAUGAGAUGGAGCCGCCAUUUCAGUCACACCCCACUGCAGUCAUACAGAAUAGCGUCAUUGUCCUCCAGCUCCUCCGUGCUCCUUCUGUUCAUUCUUCCUGCCUCCUAGCCCUUGGCCGUUGGUGAUGCUUUUCCUGUCUCCGUAGUUUUGCCUUUGACAGGCAGGCGUGCAGUUGGAAUCACACGGUAUGUGGUCUUUGACGUUUGCUCCUUUUACUUACUAGGGUGCAUUUGCGUUUCCUCCCCCAUUUUCCCCUCGCCCCGAUAGCUCCUUUGUCUUCAGCCCCGCGUGGCGUUCCCUUGUCAGAGGGGGGCACAGUUGAUUCGUGCAUCCGCUGAAAACAUUUGGUCACGUCCAGGUGUUGAUGGUUAUGAAUAAAGCCGCAGUAGGCAUCCGUGUGUUGGUUUCCAGAUGGACGUAAGUUUUCAGCUCCUCCAGAUGCGUAUCAGAGGUGCAAUGAAGGGAUCGUGGGUUGGAAGUUUGUGUGUACUUGUGCGGACGGUACAGCUGUCUUCCAAAUGGCUAAACCAUUUUGGUGGCUCGAUAUGGCAGCCAUAGCAAGUUAAAACUCUGCACUUCAUUCCGUUACCUUUUUAUUCACUCCUCACAGGGUUUACCACACGAGUCUUUACCAAACAUACUAGAGUAGUCGUGCCCUACUUCAUAGAAAAUAGGAACUUUUGAAUAGUAUAAAUCCAUUGCUGCCCCUGUCGUGUGAACUGUGGAUCGUACACACGUGUGUACAUACUGAACCUACAGACGUUAUGAGUGCCCUGUACAUUGUUGCAGUGUUUUCCCUAAAGGAUCAUGUUUUUUAUAGACGUGAAGAAGGAAAAUGCAUAUAUAUAUAUAUAUAUAUAUAUAUAGUUCUUAUAUUUUCCUACACACUUGGCAUUUCCAGUGAUUUGAUUCUGUCUUAUGGAUCCAGAUUAUCUGGUGUCACUUUGUUUCAACCAUGGAGAAGGUCCUUUGGCAUUGUAGUGCCGUCUUCCGAUGAAGAAUUAUGUUAGUUUGUAUUCCUCUGAAAAUGUUUGUAUUUCACUUCAGUUUUGUAGCAUAACUGCUCAGUGGGUGCAGAAUCAUGGAAUCGAAGGAUUUACAUUCACCACUUUGUUUUCCCAUUGUUUCUGAUAAGUUGCCCGUCCUUCCACGUACUUGUACCUGAACGUGCUUGCUCUUCUCUGGCUGCUUUCACGAUUUCUCUUUAUUUUUGGAUGUUGGCAGGUUGGCUGUGAUGUGCCUAGAAUAGGUUUGUUUGGUUUUUGUUUUUUGUUCUUUUCCUAAAUCUAACUUAAUUAUGGGCACUGAAGUUAAUAAAUCUGAAUAUUCAGGUCAUUCACAAAAUUUGUGAAGGUUGUAGCCAUUGUUUCUGAAAUAUGUGAAUGCUCUAUUUUUCCUCCUUUCCUCAUGGAACUGCAAUUACAUGUUGUUAGACUGUUUUUUAAGUUGUUUAUGGGCCUCUUUUUAUUUUUCUUCAUUUUUUUCUCUCAUAAAUAUUAGAAAAUAUCUGUUGAUCCAUCUCCCAAGUUCAGAGACUUUCUUUUGCUGUUGUUCCCAGUCUGAGGUAGGAAAUUGCUGCUGUGGUAUCCCUUUACCUUACCCCACAGUACAGAGUACAAACCAUGGGUAUAUUUUGUACAAGACCAAACACACAAAAAAGAAUGAACUCCUAGACUUCCUGUUCUGAUCCAGGCUAAUGCCUUGAAUUGAGGUACGUGUCAUUCCAGGAAUUGGUGUCCUUUGAGGACGUGGCUGUGAACUUCUCCUGGGAGGAGUGGCAGGACCUGGAUGAUGCUCAGAGGACCCUGUACAGGGCCGUGAUGCUGGAGACCUACAGUAGCCUGGUGUCACUGGGGCACUGCAUUUCCAAACCUGAGGUGAUUGUCAAGUUGGAGCAAGGAGCAGAGCCGUGGGCUGUAGGGGAAGCCCCAACCCAGCGCCUCCCAGACGUCCAGAGUGCAGGUGACCUGAUUGAGGCCUGCCAGGAGCAUCAGAGCAGACAUGUGGGGCAAGUUGGGUUCUCCAGCAACAAAAGGUCAGCUACAAAGAGAACCGCCUUGGACAAACCAUUUAAUUUGAGCGCAAUCCACAUUUCAGACCUGGUUAUAAAUAAUGGAAACUGUUCAGGAAUGAAGCCAGAGGAGUUUGAUGUGUGUCAGAACAUGUUUCUCCCUGGUGAGCCUGAUGAGAUGCAUGGUGGAGAGCAGCCUGAGGACCGUAAUAUGAGCGGCAAACCCUUCGGGUGUGAACACCGUAGUUUUCAUCAGAAGGGUCAGAUUUUGCAGCCACCUUUUGAAUUUGGUGGGCAAGGGCACGACUUUAGCAAGGAGACAACCACCUUUACACAUAGCAGUGCUCCUGUGGGAGAGACUGCCUGUAACUGUGAUGACUGUUGGAGAGCCUCUGACAAGUCUGCUGUCGUUGUCCAGGAGAGAACUCACAUAGGGGAGGGUCACUGUAGGUGUAACAAAUGGGGGAACACCUGCCUGAAACCAACCCAAUCGAAUCUUCACAGAGCUGAUUUGGAGGAGCAACACUGUGAAUGUGAUCAAAGCAGGGACAAUUUCAGCAAGAAAUUACACCUUUCUCGGCUUUCAAGAACUCAGGAGAGAAAACUUUUGAAUGUGACGUAUGUGGCAAAACUUUCCACAAAAAGUCUAAUCUCAGUAAACAUCAGAAAAUGCACACAGGGGAGAAACCUUAUCAAUGUAGCGAGUGUGAGGAAACCUUUAUCAGUAAAACAGUUCUUACAGUACAUUGGAGAACUCAUACAGGGGAGAAACCCUGUGCAUGUAUCGAGUGUAAGAAAUCUUUCUGCCAUAAGUCUCACCUAACUGUUCAUCAGAGAACCCACACAGGAGAAAAACCAUAUGAGUGUUACGAAUGUGGGAAAUCUUUCU